AAUAAAAUUCCAUGCCCCUCCUGCUUGCACCCCAAUUCCAAGUUCAGACUCUAACGUUACUUGACUCUCCUCAUCACUCACUGUGCUACUCGGGAUCAUUGUAAGUUUUUGUAAAACAGCCUCCAGGACUUCCUUAUAAAACCACAGAAUGUCAAGCGCUUCCAGUUCACAAGCACAAUGUAUGAAAACUAUUCCCGUUGGUUGUGAAGCCGACAGGGUCAUUAUUAAUGUUGGUGGCGUGCGGCAUGAAACCUACAAAAGCACCCUUGUGACCAUCUCAGGCACACGUCUGGCCAACCUAGCCUCCGACACCAGCAGUGACCCACUUAAACACAUAGUCUCUGAAUUUUUCUUCGAUCGGAAUUCUGGAGCGUUCGCCCACAUCCUAAACUACUACCGCACUGGGAAGCUGCACUGCCCGGCAGAUGUGUGCGGCCCUUUGUUCGAGGAGGAGCUUGCCUUCUGGGGAAUCAGUGAAAACGAAGUGGAGCCUUGUUGCUGGACGAACUUCCGACAGCAUCGGGAUGCGGAGAAGGUGCUGGCUCAGUUCGAGCCGGAUGAAAAGCCCCCAGACUGCAACACCCUGGAGGAAAGGCAGAGGAGGAUGCAGGCGGGGACAGAAGUUUGGAGGUCAAAAAUGUGGGCCCUCUUUGAUGAUCCCCAUUCAUCUUUGGCGGCCAAGAUCGUCGCCGUGAUUUCCUUGCUCUUCAUCCUGGUGUCCAUCUCUGGUUUCUGUCUAGAGACCUUGUAUUAUGAGUACGUCAAUACCUUUGUGAAUAUUACUGUGGGAAACAUUACCCGUGAGGAGGUCUUUUAUGAAAGAGUGCAUAUAACUGAGUUGGGGACUGUAGAGCUCAUCUGUGUCAUCUGGUUCACCUUUGAGUUCUUGGUUCGCAUCAUCUGCUGCCCGGACAAGCGGAAGUUCAUCAUGAACGUCAUGAACAUCAUUGACUUUAUAGCCAUCCUUCCCUUCUACCUGGGGAUGUGUUUGAGUGGGCUGACCUCUAAGACUGUGUUGUCUUUUCUGGGGGGUCUGCGUGUGGUGCGUGGCAUCCGCAUCCUGCGGAUCUUAAAGAUGAUGCGGCACGUGACGGGCAUCCGGGCACUGGGACACACACUGCGUGCCAGCGCCUACGAGUUCUGCUUCCUGGCUGUCACCCUCUUCGUGGUCAUCUUCGUAUUCUCCACCCUGGUCUAUUACACAGAGAUAGAACAUCAAACAUCUUUUAAAAACAUUAUUAUAGGUUUCUGGUGGGCAUUGAUUACCAUGACUACCGUCGGGUAUGGAGAUAUGUAUCCCGAAGAGCCACGUGCCAUGAUGAUCGCCAGUCUAUGCGCCCUGACGGGAGUCUUUGGCACCGCCGUGCUUGUCUCCAUCCUUGUCAACAACUUUGUGAGGUAUUACGCUCUGGUUGAGGCCAAGCAGAGACGGCCGGCGAAGAGGAGGAGUUGUGAUGGGAGGGCCGAGGCAGCCAGUGCCCCUGUCUGGAGGGACGUGGAGAGCCCCCAAAGUGAUAUCAGUCGGCCAGAAGAAGAAACCAAGAGCAGCAGCACAGGGGUGCUGCAGAUUGACCACAAGGCGGCCAUACACUGAUGGACAAGAUUGACCUGUGUUAUGAACACAGGCAAUAGUGCAGAGGUCAGCAACCCAAAGAUCGCAGAGCACGAGCUCACAGGUCCAAACAACUCAAAAGGAAGACUGACUGGUUGAACAACAAGAGUUACCUUGAAAUGUAGUAGUUGUUUAGCACAAGUGAGAAGGCUUAGUGAUGAUUAAUUGAAAACAACAAGCCUGUUAACCCCAAGACAAAGAAACAUCUGUCAGGUUCACGUCUUUGCGUGGGUGCCUUCCGAUGCAUGUCAGCCCGCAAUGGCCUUUAGCUAAAAUGGCUCCACGCACGAACAUCCGCCCAGUAUGUUCAAAAUAAUGAAGGCCUUUUUUUUUUUACUUGAACAGACCAGAUCUCUCUAAUAACUGAAGUGAAUAUAUCUAGAUAUGACAAAAUAUUUGGAAUUUAGCCCAUUCUAGGCUCCAGUAUCUAAAGGUCUGAUGCUAUCUCUAUUAUAAAUACUUUUAUAUGCUCUUUUUGUACUCAUAUAAUACUAUAACUCCUUGUUACAUUAUUACUACAUGUAAUGAAAAAUAAAUAUAUAUAAAAACAAAA